GUGACGUCAGAACCCAGAAGUCUCAAGUGGGAAUGAAAAAGUUCACCGAGAAGCCCAGUUGAGUUUGAAGAGUUUUCUUUCUGUCCUUCACUAAAACCCCGGUCUUUCUGUCAAAGGCAUUGGGUAUGGACAAACUCAGGUCGGUUUUAGGAGGGCGAGAUGGUCAGAGUGACAACAGAAAUAUUAUAGAGGCAGCGAACGAAGCUUCCACGCUAGGAUGGGGAACGCGCGUGAAAGGAUUUAUUGCUUGCAUGGUGGUCGGGGUUGGGUGCACUAUACUGGGGGUAGGCUGCCUCUUCAUCCCCAAAUUAGGCAUCAUUCUCUUCAUCGUCUUCUACACCUUUGGAAACCUCUGCUCACUCAUCAGCACCAUGUUCCUCAUGGGCCCACUCAAGCAGCUGAAGAGGAUGUGUGAUAAGACCAGGUUCUUCGCCACCGCCGUCAUGAUAACAUGUUUGGUGCUGACCCUGUGUGCUGCCUUCUGGUGGAAAAUAUUUAUUCUGGCUCUAUUUUUGGUCAUCCUGCAGUCCAUAGCAUUUGCAUGGUAUGGGCUGUCGUAUAUUCCAUUUGCAAGAGAUGCAGUGCUGAAGUUCCUCUCCAUGAUCGGCUCCAUGUUUUGCAAGGCAUGCAAGAAGUCGGUGUCGACUGAUGCUGGGUGAUGUGAAGUAGGCCUACAUAUGCGCUACUGACCACCUCACACUGUCCAGUGUGGGAGCAGGAUGAAGUGCAUAAGGAAGAACUGCUCACCAAUGACCUUCCUUUUAAUCCAUUAAAAAAAAAAACAAAUUCUGUGACUUUGAUGGGCCCUUGAUGGCCCGAAACAUCUUCCUCACCCUUCAUGAACUAAGGUUUUGACCCUGCACCCGUCUAAAGGAAAUUUGAUGUGAGUGACUCAUGAGAUCUGACUAGGAUGAAACGUUGCGCUGAGCUGUUCAGCCCAUACUCUGCAGUGUGGAAGCGGCUCCUGUUGUAACACCCUGCACAACUGAACUGACUGAAAGACCUCCACUCUUUUAAUAAUGCAGACAUCACAUUACAUGAAGUUUACAUCUUAUGUACAUAUUGUAUUGUUAAUAUAUUUUAUUGCAUAGUUUGUGUUCUGUGCUUCAAAUUUGUUUGAAUGUAGGCUAUUGGCCUUUAAAAAUAUAUAAAUACUAUUGUGUUUUAAAUGUGAGCUGUAAAGAUGUAAACUGAUUUGAAUGUAGGCUAUGGUUUUAUGUGAAGGUAUAUUGUUUUACAGAAUAUUGUAAUCUAUUUGUAUGGUAAGGAUUAGCUAAAUAAAAUAUUUGUCAAUUCA